CUGGGGGCCAGUAGGUUUGGUCUCAGCUGGACUGGAGGUAACUUGUACUCCAAGUACUUUAAAAGACAUUUAAAGGCGAUAAAGUGGCAGGAUUGAAAAAUAACAAUCACGACGGGCCACUGGGAGCGCCUUAGUCAAGUCUCAUGAGGGGUGUAGCGUAGAAGUGAUCCCUCCCGGGCUAGCUCACUAGCUAGUUAGCCAUUUGUUCGCAGUCAUGUCUUCUCGGCAGCCAAGUUCCAGCAGGCAUCGAGGCAAGAAACAACAACAGCAGCGGGUUGACGACGAUGACGACGACUCGGACGCCGAGGAGACCUGCCCGAGCCGCAGCCCCAGCCCGAGCCCAAGCCAGGGCCUGAGGAGUUCACAGAUCAUUCACAGUGGACAUUUCAUGAUGUCGUCGCCCCACAGCGAGCACCCGCCUAAGAAAGGCUACGACUUCGACACCGUCAACAUGCAGACCUGUCAAACAUAUCAUUUCGGCAAAGCCAGCACGUCUCACAUCUCCAUCGACGCUUCGCUCACCAGACUCUUCGAGUGCAUGACACUGGCCUACAGCGGAAAGCUGGUGUCUCCCAAAUGGAAAAACUUCAGGGGUCUGAAGCUUCUGUGGAGGGACAAGAUCCGCCUCAACAACGCCAUCUGGAGGGCCUGGUACAUGCAGUAUGUGGAGAGAAGACAGAAUCCUGUUUGCCAUUUUGUGACCCCUCUGGAUGGAAACAUUGACCUGGAAGCACAUCGUUCCUCAGAGAUGAUCACCACCGAGGGAAAGUGCUGGAAGAGAAGAAUAGAAAUUGUCAUUCGAGAGUAUCACAAGUGGAGGACCUACUUCAAGAAAAGAUUGCAGAAGCAUAAGGAUGAUGAUCUGUCGAGUUUGCUCAAGGGGCCCAAGGAGCAGUUAGCGCUGUUUGGGGAAGUCGCUCCAGACAUGCUCCGUGCUUGCUUUUGUCAGGAUGAAGAGAGCCAGGCCCCGGUUCCCAUGGAGCUGGAGAGUCUCUUUGAUAUGGAGGUGCUCAUGUCCGAGGUGUCCGACACACUCUUCUCCACCUUGGUCUCACACCAGACCACCGCUUGGCCCAACCCCAAGGAGAUUGCUCAUGCGGUGAAUGCAGACAUGAUCCAACCUGGACUCAUGCAGUUACAGCCCAACCUGGACUUCUCUUUUGAUCCACUACAAGACUUAUUUCACAGCCUCCGUCCGCCCGCCUUCUUCCCCGUUUCCCCCACUGCACCAUCAGUCACCCCUCUGCCCAGCAGCAGCUCUCCGUCGCAGGGCCAGUUAAUGUCAUCCAUGCAGCUCGCAGACAGCACCAUCCCUCCUUCAAUAAGCAGUGGGACCAGUGCUGCCGCCAUUGUGGAGAACUCGUACUUGCCUCUUUAUCCCGGGCAGGCGGCACUUGGCGACCACGCCCCCGUUUCCUCCCGGAAUCCACUGGUGUCCGAGUGCCUCCCGCCAGCAGUAGCAGCCAUGGAACCCUCCACGUUGGAGCCCGUGGCAGCUUUGGGCGAGACUGCCACGAUCUCUUCCUCCUCCGCGGUGGCUGCUGGUUCCACGUCCACACAUCCCCUACCGCCUCCACCCCGGUUACCGUCCUUAGUUCCGCUGGUAGCCACCCCAGCACCUAGGCCGCCGCCCCCUCACACUUUCGCCCGCCCUCGACAUCUCCAGCCAGCCAACGGCAACAAAAAACGAGAUCUGAAGAAGAUUACCCCUGCAAGCCCGAUUGGCCCCCAGCAGCUCUUCAUUACAGGAAUCAACCCGGCCAUGAAAACAGACGUGACCUCAUCUCCUGGUGUGCUGAUCACUCACUGCGGUGUGGCUGGUGGAUUCUCCGUCGUACCUCAAACCCAGAAGUCUCCUCAGCGCAUCGUACCCUCGGAAAACCAUCAAAACCAGGAGCAGUCCUCCAGUAUUGUUCAGGGCCAGGCAGGAUCAGGUCAAGGCUCGCCUUGUGGCUUAGACCAAGUUCCCAGUCCUCAGUCGCUGAUCAGCAGCAGCACAACUCCUCAGAUGCAGAGGAGAGGACACAUCGCCGAGCAGAAAAGACGAUCAAAUAUCAACCACAGCUUCAAAACACUCAGCAGCCUGGUGCCCACCCUCAACUCACAAGUCAAUAUCAGUAUUGCCGUCACCAUGCAGAAGACCGUGGAACACAUUGAGAAGCUCAAGCAGGAGAGGGAGCAAAUGCAGGAAGACAUCAGGAGACUGCAGGAAGAAAUUGCAAACCUCAAGGCCUCCAUCAACCUGUGCCACGACCAGAUGCCGGCCACGGGAGCGCAGGUCACGCAGCGCCGCUUUGACCACAUGCAGCACAACUUCAAUGAGUACGUCAAGGAACGUUCCCGGCAGAACUGGAAGUUCUGGAUUUUCAGUGUCAUCAUCAAGCCGCUCUUUGAGUCCUUCAACAAGAUGGUGUCAACUGCAAGUGGAACUGAGCUGUGCAAGACCACACUGGAGUGGCUCGAACGGCACUGCUCUUUGGUUGCGCUCAGGCCCAUGGUCAGCAGCAGCCUCUGCCAUCUGAGCACCAGCACGUCCAUCCUCAGCGACCCAUCACGCUUGCCCGAGGAGGCCAUCCAGGCCCUGAGGCACGCCGACGUGGAGCCUCCUUCUCAGGCCAUCUGACGUCAGUCCCUCUUCAUCCUCAUCAUGGAGGGCUGAGGUCAACUUGUCUUCCUCGUUUUGGACUCUGAGGCUUUACCUUGUCAUCUUUGGCACAAAGAUUGAUUUCUUUUGAGAGCCACCCAAAGCACCACGUUUGCCAUGUUAGCCUUGGCGUGAGUCCUUAUGAACAAUGUUGAAAUUAUGUUCAUAAGUGUUUGGGCUUGUUUUUUUGUUUUAUUUUUUUUUUCCCUCUAUAAAGCGUGACCCCAGAAUGUCCAGUAGUGUUGAAAAUAAAAUAAACCGCAUACGGUUUGUGAGAUGACCCCCAAACUCUUGAAUUCAAACCGCAUUACGCAGUGCAGACAGUGAACCAUCAUGAUAUGAGCGUGUUUCUCCCACUAUGGUGUUGGGCUUAUUUAUUGCAUACCACGGUGUGCAUAUGUCAAAAUACUUGAAAACGUUUGACCCUUGAAAUGGGUGUUUCAACAAGACAAUGAUCUCAAAUGCACUAGUAAACGUGCAAAGUUUUGGUUCCAGACCAACAAAGGCCGAUCCCCAGACCUUAAUCCAAUCAAGAACUUGUGGAGUGACAUGGAAAAUUGUGCUUCUGAAGCAAAACCAAGGAAUCUUCAAGUGGAAUAACAGCUUAAAGGUGCCACAAGUCGGUUGACUCCAUGCCACACAGGUGUGAAGCAGUUAUGUCGCAUUGUGCUGCCAUUAUUUUGAACACUACCGUAGCUGUUUUUUUUUUUCCCCCUCCCCUCCGUCCUUCACAUUUUGCUCGCUCGGCCCUUUUCUGGUGAGCGACAUAAGCUACAGCCCUCAUAGGGAGCUUCACUGAAAUGGCAAUAAAACACAUUGAUUGUUCUCCUCUUUAAAUGCGUACAGUGUAUAUAUUUACUUUAUAUGGAUUGUAUUUGUAUGUGUUGGUUUUUUGUACGCGUGUACAGCUUUUCUACCAAUCAGCAUUUUGUUCUUUAUUGGACCCAUGGGUGGGCAAUGCUGGUGAGUGCGUGAAACAAUUGCUGUGUCAUGGUUGGUCCUCAACCUUUUUAAUUGUGAAAGAAUGCUGUCGUGUUUUGUCUUUAACAUCCUUUUUUGGUUAUCAGGAAGCAUCGCAGUGUCAUGUUUUUUUUUUUAUCACCCAAUAAAUGCAGUCGUCUUUUGUCUUCCCAACAAGCCUUUUUGAUCACAGCAUAAUACUGAUGUGUUUUGUCUUCAACAUUAAUUAAAAGUUGCAGCAAACGUUGUCGUGUUUAGUUUGCAACAAGCUUUCCAAUUGAAACGGACACAUUGACAUGUUAUUGUCUUCAAUAAACUUUCAUUUCAAAGAUCUACCAUCAUUUUUUUUUCGUUAUCACCGAUCGAUUUUAAUCACUAAAUGCAGUGUCUUGAUCUGUCCUUGUUUUUUUCCUCUCUCUCAAAAAACUGUUUAUCAUUGUCAUGUUGCCUUCAACCUUUUUGUCACGAUGACAAAAGGCAUUGUCACGCUUUGCCUUCGAUGAACUUUUUCAUCUCAAAAAGAUGUUUUGUCUCUAACGACAUUUGUUUCGUUUGUUUUUUGAUGCCGUAGUCCGUUGUCAUAUUUAAUCUUUUGAAGACAAAGCGAUGUGCUAAUCUCCCACCGCGUGUACAUGACAAAUUGGUUUUGGCUGUGAUUUCACUUUCUUUUUUUUUCCAAAGAACUGUUGUGGGGGUGAGAUGCCUCCAAAUGUGUGUCGCAAUGCUGUAAUCUCUUUACACAAUUGACUUCACAGUGAGAUCACUUCAUCUCCUGAAAUGUAACGUGCAAACCCCCACUCAUUUUGUGUGUUUGUGUGCAUGCCGAUAGACACGCUUCAGUUC